AUGAAGGACGACUGUGACCAGUCCAAGAGCGGCCGGGGAGGCCGUUCAGGCCGGAUGAGCAAUGAAGAUAGGAAACUUAGGAAUCGCCUGUCGCAGAAAGCUUUCCGAGCCCGGCAGGCUAUGCGGAUCAAGGAGUUGGAGGACAGAUUGGAAUCAAGGCCAUCGUCUAAAACCGAGCGCAUCGCAGAGCUCGAGGAGCGAAAUGCUUUCCUCGCCAACAGGCUGUUCGAGUGCCACAAGAAACUCGAAAGCCUUCAGGUUACUAUCAAAGCCCUGUCAGAGACUACUGCAGAAGCGCUUGACAUGGUGAUCAACAAGGACAAAAUCAAGGACUCUGAUGCCAACGAAGAGGUAGAAGACGACGUUCCUCGCCCAAACUCUGUGCCCUCAUCAGCCUCAGAUGUCUCAUCGCCGAACACGAGAGACACCACUAUGUCUGGACUGGGGGCAGAGUCAACGGGCGAGGGAGACAUCGUUAUUCCCGGUCUGACUGUCGAUGCCACUCAACACCGCUCAGUAGUCUCCGCGACUGCAGCAGAUUGGCCUGAUACGGAUGCAGGUUACGAUGAGAUCCCCGACGACUUCAAGGACGCCCUCCAAGCAGCAAUAAGUCACGAUCCUGAUAUUUUUGCCUCCUUGGAUUUCUUCAGCUCUUCCAGCCCUAAUACCGGCGCGGCCGUCAAAGACGCAAGCAAUUCCUUUGUUUGGGAGAACAUGAUGGCGGACCCAAUUAUGCAACAAAGAAUAUCUUUUACUCUCCCUCAAAUGGGUCCGAAUGCAUAUUCUGCUUCUGAGACUCAUGGUCCAGUCUUGGUGCGGGGCCCUCACGGGCGGCUAUAUCGGACAAGCUCUCCCUGGUCAGACCAUAUCGUUACUCUCGAAUACUUCUUACGCCAGAAGUGGAAGUCAUUAGCUGUUCGAAGGAAUAAAAGAACUAUUCCAUUCGAGGGUCUUCCGAGCUCGGUUUGCUUCAUGCUGUCCUCGUUCAUAUGUUUAUCAUGGCCGACUAUGACGGCCUGGCACACCUACACCCGAGCUCAUGGUACUGUCGGCAGCCUUAUGGCGUGGCGUUUGAACCCGACACCAGAGAUGUAUGCGGCCAUUGACCCUGCUCUGACUCCGACGAAACUUCAGAUGACAGUCCACCACCCAGCAAUUAUUGAUUGGAUCCCCUUUGCUUUUCUGCGUGACAAGCUGAUCAUCUAUCAUUCUGCCAAUCCGCAGCUAGAUGAUUUGAUCUGCGAGAUCGGCAAUUCAUAUGUCAUGGAAAUUGAUCUUGCGCGGUUAAUCGCCGGCAUACCCUCUACUCGAGGCUAUGUUGGGGUUUGGGAUCUUGUGCGAGCGAUUGCACCAGAAGCCACAUCAAUUUCAGACGCCACCAACCUUUUUCAGCCGGAUUUUGAGAAUUCUCCUGAGGUCAUUGACGAUUUCGAUGAAGAGGAAGAGUCGAGCAGCGGUGCUAGUUCUCUGCCUGCGCCUAACGCAAGUGUCCUUUUCGGCUCGAAAGCACUCGCCCUCAAAGCAUUCAAGUUGAUGGGCAUGCAUAAGGGUGUUGGAAACUUCUUACUCGCCGAGCAUUUCUUCGACAGGCAUCCAGAACUCAUGGACCCCACGGUAAACAUCAUUGCCCGUGGCGUCCCGCUACGCCCCGGGAAUCGGAAGUUCAUGAUAGCGCCUCAGCCCUUGGAUUCAAGCGUCCUUGGCCGGUACAAGGAGUUGUCUUCGUGGUCACUUACUGUGUCCUCGGCUAUGAUAACAGCGAUAUGA